AUGGCAAUUGUGUGUAAGUGUGGAAAGCCUAAUCUUUUUAUUACAUUUACGUAUAAUCCUAGCUGGCCGGAGAUCUCACAAAAUCUACCAAGAUGGGCAACGGCAAGCGACAGACCGGACCUGGUGACCAGAGUGUUCAAUGCGAAACUCAAGCAGCUGAUGCGCGACAUAACGAUGAACAAUAUAUUUGGUAAUGUCGAUGCAUAUGUUUAUACUGUCGAGUUUCAGAAACGAGGACUGCCACACGCCCACAUACUGAUCAUUCUGAGUGAGGGUAGCAAGUUGCUAACCGCCGACGACGUCGACAAUGUAGUGUACGCCUUCUUGCCAGACCCGGUGACUGAGCCGCGUCUAUUCGAUUGUGUGACGAGACACAUGAUACACGGGCCGUGUGGCACGCUGAACCCAAACAGCCCAUGCAUGGUGGACAACAGUUGUUCAAAGAAGUUUCCAAAAGAAUACAGCGAAGAGACUGUAUACAUUGCUGACGGUGGUUACCCAAAGUACUGUCGGCAAAACAACGGACCUGUGGCCAGGGUUAGAAAUCAAGAGGUCAGCAAUGAGUUUGUCGUGCCUUACAAUCCGUACCUGUUAGCAAAAUACGAUGCACACAUUAACGUAGAGACAUGCUCUACUAUGAAGAGUGUUCAGUAUUUGUAUAAAUACGUAUAUAAAGGGCACGAUGCUGCGACCAUGGAAGUAUGGAACGGAAAUGAAAUAGACAGAUACAUAAAUGUUGUUUUCAGUUACAUAAAUUCGAGGUACGUCAGCCCACCAGAAGCCGUCUGGAGGUUGUUUGCGUACAAACUACACGACAUCAGUCACACGGUAGUUAGACUUCCGGUGCACCUAGAAAACUACCACAACGUGUACUUUGCGCGUGGACAGGAACUACGGGGGGUACAAAACAACGCCCUACCUCGAACAAAACUCACGGCGUUCUUCGCGCUCAACGAGAGAAACGUUGAUGCCAGACAGUAUCUUUACCACGAGAUACCGACACAUUACACUUGGCAAGCAUCGUCAAAAGAGUGGAGACUGCGGCGAAUACAGGCACCUCGCGAGACGUUAUCUCGAAUGUACGUCGUCAACCCACUGGAUAGAGACCGUUUUCAUCUACGAUUGCUACUCUUGCACAGAAGAGGCCCGCGGUCUUUCCGAGACUUGAAGACGGUAAACGGGGUAGUGCAUGCCACAUACGCGGGCCGCCGCCGGUUGCGUUGGGAUUGUUGGAAGACGACGAAGCGUGGCGGGCGUGUAUGA